AUGCCAAACCAAAAGAGAAGCGUUGAAGAUAUUCGUCGAAAGAAUCUUGAAGAUAAUCAACUUUUUCUGAAACAAUUACUGUUAACGAAUACCCGAGAUGAUUUCAUUAAUUCUGCUCGCUCGAUUAUGCAGAACACUCAUCACACAAAAAAGCCAGUAGAAUACGAAAAAGUCGAACACAUAACUCGAUAUAGUCUGAAAGUCAAAUCUGGUGAAAUUCUUCCACAUGUUCCACAAUGGAAACUGGAACGUGAACGGAAAUCAAUGGAGAGAGAGCAAAAGAAACAAGAGAAAGAAAUGAGACGAUUGCAACGAUUAAAACAAAAACCCCCUUCGAGAUGGGUUUCAUAUUGUAAAAAUAAUUCGAAUCCAUAUGAACGCAUUUUUAAACCUCGUCACUCGAAAAUUGACGAACGAAUUCAAAAUGAAAGUCAUAAUAAAUAA